CUAAGAAAAUUUAUAUAUUGCAUGCCAAGAGUCUUGCCCUACCCUACUUUCCCCACACCCCUACUUCCAAGGCCUAGCCCUACCCCGUACUUGCCCUACAGCCCUACACUGAAUGCCUUGCCCUACCCCCUACUUGCCCUACACCCCUCCUGACAAUCUCAGCCCUACUGCCCUACAAGGGCAGUAGGGGUGUAGGGCAAUAUGCCCAUCUAUGAUGUGAACAAACUUUACUCUUCGUUCACAAAUUGUGAAUCACAAUUGUGAAACCAAUUUCUAGCUUCCACUAUUUACAAGAGUUAAAACUCUCGUAGUUUAUUGUGUCUGACGCCACAUGAUAUUCAGCCCUUUGUGCUUAUUGACAUCACACUUAAACCCAUCUUGGGGGAGUCUGGCCCUGACCUAUCAUCACUAAAUCUACAAUAUCGAAUUAUGUCGUCAGCCGGAAGAAUCGCCUUAUCCAUGUCCCUCAAUGCACGAUUAACGACACGAACCGUUUCCAGAACAUCCUUGCAGCAACUCCAACCAUUUAUUUCGGCUCAAAUUUCUCCUCAUAAUCACGCUUUUACUGCAAUUAAUUUAAACCGUCAAAUAAGGUUGAAAUCUUCAACUGCUACCAGCAGUGAUAGUACCACCACCCCCAAAACAGAAGACGGGUUCGAAGACUUGGAUAAACCAAUUAAAUUCACAACUUCCAAAGCUGCAUUAUGGAGAGCGUUGGACACACAUGGCGGAGGCGUUCAAUUUGACACCCCUUCCUACCAACCGUACGUCGUAACGGGUAGCGUGGCAAUUUUUCUCUUGUACUUUCUCGUCCUUAGAGAAGAGAACGACAUUGACGAAGAAAUGAAGCGACCCCUCUGGGAAAGAGUUCCCAGUUUAGAGAGACAACAACUGGAAACAUUGAUAAAGUAUAAUCGUGAACAUAACCUACCCACCCAAGAUCUGAACGAUCGAUUGAAAAUUGUGAAGGAGAAACAAAUCCAAAUGAGGAAAGAUGCCGGCAUUACCACGUAGUUUAAGCAUUCUUAUCAAGUAGCUUUUUUAUUUGCUGUUAACCUUUUGUAAAUAAUUCCGACUAGUCAUGAUCAUGAAUGAAAUGCAAUAAAUCGUUCUUCAAAUAAGAAACUGAAA